AACUAUGGUAAAUAGUUUGAAAGUAUGUGUCCAUUUUGAAGGGCCUCCCCCGAGGCCCGCCCGGCCCAGCAGCCCCUCCUUAGCUGGCUGCUCCCGAGCCCCUCCCUUUGGCAGGCAGAAAAGAUCCUGGCUGAGUUCCAGCUGCAGGAGGAGGACCUGAAGAAGGUGAUGAGGCAGAUGCAGAAGGAGAUGGACCGUGGCCUGAGACUGGAGACCCACGAGGAGGCCAGCGUGAAGAUGCUGCCCACCUAUGUGCGCUCCACCCCGGAGGGCUCAGAAGUCGGGGACUUCCUCUCCCUGGACCUGGGCGGCACCAACUUCAGGGUGAUGCUGGUGAAGGUGGGCGAAGGUGAGACGGGACAGUGGAACAUCAAAACCAAGCACCAGAUGUACUCCAUCCCCAAGGACGCCAUGACAGGCACCGCGGAGAUGCUCUUUGACUAUAUCUCCGAGUGCAUAUCUGACUUCUUGGACAAGCAUCAGAUGAAGCACAAGAAGCUGCCUUUGGGCUUUACCUUCUCCUUUCCUGUGAGGCAUGAAGACAUCGACAAGGGCAUCCUUCUCAACUGGACCAAGGGCUUCAAGGCCUCGGGAGCAGAAGGGAACAACAUUGUGGGGCUUCUGAGAGACGCCAUCAAACGGAGAGGGGACUUUGAGAUGGACGUGGUUGCAAUGGUGAACGACACUGUGGCCACCAUGAUCUCCUGUUACUAUGAAGACCACCAGUGUGAGGUUGGCAUGAUUGUGGGGACAGGCUGCAACGCCUGCUACAUGGAGGAGAUGCAGAACGUGGAGCUGGUGGAGGGGAACGAGGGCCGCAUGUGCGUCAACACCGAGUGGGGUGGAUUCGGCGACUCAGGCGAGCUGGACGAGUUCCUGCUAGAGUAUGACCGCAUAGUGGAUGAGACCUCCGUGAACCCCGGUCAGCAGCUAUACGAGAAGCUCAUCGGCGGCAAGUACAUGGGUGAGCUGGUGCGGCUUGUGCUGCUGAAGCUCGCCGACGAGAACCUGCUCUUUCACGGCAAGGCUUCGGAGCAGCUGCGCACGCGCGGGGCCUUCGAGACGCGCUUCGUCUCGCAGGUGGAGAGCGACUCGGGCGACCGCAAGCAGAUCUACAACAUCCUGAGCACACUGGGGCUGCGAGCCUCGGCCACCGACUGCGACAUCGUGCGCCGCGCCUGCGAGAGCGUGUCCACGCGCGCAGCGCAGAUGUGCUCAGCCGGGCUGGCGGGAGUCAUCAACCGCAUGCGCGAGAGCCGCAGCGAGGAGGUGAUGCGCAUCACCGUGGGCGUGGAUGGCUCCGUGUACAAGCUGCACCCCAGCUUCAAGGAACGCUUCCACGCCGGCGUGCGGAGACUCACACCCAGCUGUGAGAUCACCUUCAUCGAGUCGCAGGAGGGCAGCGGCCGGGGGGCGGCGCUAAUCUCCGCUGUGGCCUGUAAGAAGGCCUGCAUGCUGGGCCAGUGAAAAGCAGCCUGGGCCAGGGCAGGACGCCUCUCCUUGCAAGGACCCUGGAAGCCCCCGAUCCCCACUGCCACUCCGAGGAAGAUGGGGAAGGCCUCACUGGGGGCCAGACAGGCCUCCUUUCUGAGUCAGUCGGACUGACAGCCCUUGGGGAGAGGGGGGACUGAGAUG